AUUGUGGAAACUUAAACGAUGGUUUAUUUUUUUAUCCCUCAGUUAUAAACUUAAAUUCAAAGGAAUACACCAAAAUCUAAGAAAUGAACAUCUUCAUUACUUUCUGUUUUGCGUCAUUCAUUGCAUUCAGUGCUGCUGCGCCUGCACCUUCGGAAGAAGACUCCAAUGAUUGCGGUUUUUGGGGACCAAUCUACAUUCACGGAACUCCUUGUCCCGCAAAAAAUUUUUUUAGCGAAUGUAACUCCUGUUUCUGCUUAGAAGACGGAAAAUCUGCUGGGUGUACUCUUAUGGCAUGUGAACCUCUUAAAUCUGUAAGGAAAAUGUGUCUGAAGGAGUCCCCAGCUAUAAUAGAAAAUAAAUGAAUUUCGAAGAGGACUUACUACAUAAAUUAUGAUACGAAAUUAUAAAUAAUGUAAUAAUAAAUGAAAAAUUAAUUUAAAGAUAAAUAAUGUAAUGAUGAAAAAUC